AUUAUUCUUUUCGCUACCCUGGGUAGUCUUACCUACGGGUAUUGUACAAGUAUCAUCGCGACCACACUGGGUCAGCCCAGUUUCCUGGCGUAUAUCGGCCUCGACACCGCGCCCAAUGCGACACAGCUCAUCGGGGCGAUCAAUGGCCUAUAUCAAGCCGGGGGGCUCCUUGGAACCAUCCUGGUGGGUGUGCUGGGGGACUGGCUCGGCCGCAAAUAUGCCAUCUUUUGCAGUGCUUGUCUGUGUAUCCUGGGUGGUGCGCUGCAGACUGGAUCUGUCCAUAUUGCCAUGUUUAUGGUGGCGAGGCUAUUAACAGGCUUCAGCAUUGGAGCCCUGGUCACCUUGAUCCCCUUGUGGCAGAGUGAGAUGGCACCUCCAGAGACCCGGGGAUUGUUAGUCGGACUGCAUGGCGUGUUCAUUCUCAUCGGCUACACCACCGCCAGCUGGGUUGGAGUGGGAUUCUACUUUGUUCACGAUAACAGUGUCUCGUGGAGGGUUCCGCUUGCCCUGCAGCUCGUCUUCCCCUUGGCCCUCGCAGCAGGAGUGCUAUUCCUGCCCGAAUCCCCCCGUUGGCUGGUGGAGAGGGGACGCAGCGAAGAGAGUCUCACCAUCCUGAAGCAGAUCCAUGGCGAGACGUUUGCCGAACAGGAAUUCAAACAAAUGUCGCGACAGAUCGAGCUGGAAAAGACGCUUCCCAGCUCAUGGGGCUCGAUCUUCACCAUUCCAUCCUACCGAAAAAGAGCUCUCAUUGGGUUUGCCUGCAUGUUCUUUGCCCAAGGCACCGGGACCCAAGUCAUCAAUAACUAUGGGCCCACCCUUUACGAGUCUCUGGGCUAUGGAAAAGCGCAACAGCUCAUGCUCUCCGCCGGCUGGAUCACCGUCGGGAUCUUCGCCAAUAUUCUGGACGCUAUACUUCUUGAUAGGGUAGGGAGGAAGUGGCUCAUGACGACUGGCCUGGCACUCACCGGCCUGGCCUUAUUAUGUGAGGUCGUUCUCCUCGCCGUGGCAGCGGGCAGCAAAGCGGGAAGUGCAGCGGCUGUUGCGUUUCUUUACCUCCAUAUCUGCUUUUACGGAUCAACCCUGGAUGCCAGUACCUAUGUGUAUGCGGCGGAAAUCUGGCCAACACACCUCCGGGCCCGAGGCUGUGCCAUCUCCACCAGCGGCCUCUUUGUCUCGUCCCUGAUUCUCUUGAUUUCCGCCUCGGAUGCCUUUGCAGCCAUCAAAUGGCGAUAUUACCUGGUCUUCCUGUCGAUGACAGCAGUGGGCGUCUUUGUCUUUGCCUUCUUCUUCCCCGAGACUCGGGGUGUCUCGCUGGAGGAAAUUGCCAAACAGUUUGGAGAUCAAGUGGUUGACGUGCAUCUGGAUGACUGCGCUUUGGAUGGUGAUGACUGUGAACAAGGUUAUGAUAUUCAGGGGAAAGAAUAG